UUUUUGCGUCACAUUUUGACAUAAAUUUAAGUUUCAAAUACGGAAAUAGCUUAAUUUAAACAUAAACAUAGCUUAUGGCACACGAGAUUCGCAUACCUUUAUAAAUUUGUGCCGUUGUGAUGCGAUUGGCGCUGCAAACAGACGAAUAACUUAAAAACUUAACGGAAAACCUUGCGGAUUCGCGCCAUUCAUUAGCAUGCAAAUCUGAAAAUUUAUCAGGUGGUGGUCGUUCAGGUCCUUCCAGGAGCGCAGCUGCAAAAGCCACAGCAAUCCGCAAACAACUCACAGGACAAAGUUUGACACACGAAUUAUGCAGGAACAGGAACAGAGACAGAAACAGGAGCAGAGAGGACCAAACUAGUUGAAUGGCUCGCCAGUUGAGCUUAGAUACUGCUAGGGCCAGGAUAUGUGGUGAAGAAGGUGCGAUUGAGCUCUCCACAUCUUAUUGACUUCUGGCGGAUGAAUAGGGCUAAGUCCAGUGAGCCAUUUUACCUGAUCAAAAGGAUAUAAACUUUAUGUUCACGUCUUUUGUCUAUUUCAACAAAUUCAAUAUACCCUUCUGCAAUGACAAUAGGGUAUUUAGAGUAAAUUGUUUUUGCAGCGUAAAUACUAGCUACUGUCAGAUAUCUGGGCAUAAGUCUGACUCAUGGAAGGUGUUAUCCAACUGCACACCAAUUCGCGUUACUUGAUCUCUCUCGCCAGGCUGCGCUUCGGGACAGUCUGUUGACAGCUAUUGUCGCAGCAGUAUACAAACAAAGACAAUCUGGUAGGCAAGUCUUGCUGGACAUAACAGCAGCUAAGUGGCAUUUGGCUCCAUUCCAUUGUUGGCUGGAAUUCCUGCCCACCAUUAAGCAAAUAGCAAAUGCACAAAUUCAUUGGCCUGCGAAUAAGGACACACGAACAAGAUGCAUAACUAAUGAGUGGGUCAUCCAUUUGCUGGCAUUCUAAUCGUUACUUAGAUUGCCAUAAAGCAACGCUUCUGCCUAAUGAGCAAAGCUGUAGCACUAAACAUAUUUACACAUGCAAACCCUUCCAUGUGUGCACAUUAGUUAAAUUUAGCUUGUGUAUCCUUUUCGCAAGUCAGCUUGAGAAUUGGCUUGUCUGUGACGCUUGUGUGCUCUCAGAAUAAUGUAUAAAUUUAUGUUCUACUUUAUGUAAAUAAUUGAUUGGGGAAUUUCGAGAUUAAAUGGCUCAGAUGGCAAUUGGAGCUAUCGUUUUGGUUUACUCUAUAGCUCUGCUAACGGCUGGCCCCGCAAAUUGCUUUUUGUUCAAGUUUCAUUCGUAUCUUUUACUCGAAUGCGUCGGAUCUCUAAUCUUCAACUCAUAUUUUAAGUUUAGUUUACGUCAAUUUCAAAAUCGAGGCGAGAAUAAAACUGAACUUCAAAUUCGCGUCAAAUAAAUAUAAUUUAGUUUAGAGUUUACAUUUUGUUCAAAUGGCAACCAAGCCCAAAGCGUCAUUCAAAGUGCCAAGCAAACGUCAAUUCCCUGGCUAUGUGCGUAAUAAAAGAAGUGACUAUCGCAAAUUCCCCAAUGCGAGACUCCGGCGUGAUGUGGCCAGGAGGAGUGCGACGACAGUGGAGCCACGCUCAUCGUCGUCGUCGUCCACCGACGAAGGUCCAGUUAAGGGGAGACGCUUAAGGGCUAACGAUAGCUACACUGACUUGAGGCAUAGCAUGUCCAUAUCCACAGAAUCGCAGGAUCUGUGCCUGCAAAAAUCUAGCCAUAGUUCGCAGAGGACCACUGACCACAUGGAUCCAUACGACAUAUUUCCAAUCGUGCACUACAGAUUCUUUCAAAGCGUUCCGCUGCUCAAUUGGUCCAAUCUGCAUUCCAAUGCCGCUAACUGGCAUGCCCAGACCGGGCAGCUGGUGCCACAGCAGCAGAAGCGUGUGAAGCUAGCCAAUGCCAUUGACUUGAUGCAAAACUUAACGGUAGCUGGCCUAAAGCAGCUCUCUAAGCCAGUGCCAUUUAGCUCAAGUGUAUCGAUAGCCAAGCACAUGACCAUUGUGGAGAAUCGGAGCAUCGCUCCUCUAGAGUUAAUGGUCGCGUCAGUGCGAAACUUUUGGUUUGACAACUUGGAAUUGAAAAUUGGCAACUAUUUUAUGCAUGUGGAUCGGUAUGUGUUCUGUCACUACAUGAAAGGCUUUCAGGAUUACAGCAACUGCUAUCUGGAACUGCCCAGCCACAAGAUCAAGAUGAGCCUGAUGGUCAAGAUGUAUAAUUGGAUAAUCGACGACACCGAGGAGCUAGCACUCGGACAUAACUUUCUGCGCAUGUACACCAUGGCUAAGUAUAUGAAUGUGCGCUAUCUGCUGGAGCAGUACUGGCACUCAUUUUCAAUUCCUGGCAAGCUGGGCUUCUGGGAGCAGGAAGCUUUCCAAGCAUACCUGCCGUCUCGUAACCUUGAAUCUGGCGAUUUGAUGGCCAUAUUUCUAUCGCGGAUACAAAAGUGCUUCCUGCCGCUGGUCGCCUCUAGUGAGUUUGCCAGCCUGAAAGUGGAGGAGUUGACCUAUUUGCUCAAAUUGGAUAUUAUAUGCGUGAACACGGAGGACGAAGUCUUCUUUGCGGCCUUGCGCUGGUUAGAGUACGACUGGCAACACCGAGAGCAAUACGUUGUGCAGGUCAUGGCAACAGUGCGCUUCCGCUUGAUAUCGCCCUGGCUGCAUUACUCCAUUAUCUACAGCCCGGAAAAGUCGACAAUUCGCAAGCUGAGCGAAAACCAUAUAGUUAGAGCCAUGUUAUGGCACGCCUGUCUAUAUAACCAAUCUCUCUAUGCCGUUAAUACUAAUCCACAAAAUGCCAAUAACGAGCUUAUAACACAGUAUCUUGAGGUCAGAGACGUCGAACGGAAAUGGGGUUACUGCGCAAGCGUGCCACACCAUCACGUUGCGAAAUGCUGUCGAUCCCGACAGCUCACCUAUGACAUGUUCAAAAGGUUCCUCAACGUGCUGCAGGUCAGAGCGAAUGAGUUCAUGGACGCACUCAAGAUAGUGCCGAAUAAGUACUUGCACUCAUAUACUUGCUGCAGUGGCGACAGUUGCAAGAAACGUCACUUAAGAAGAAAAAAAAAACUAACUCCACCUGUCUUCAGGUUUCAGCUUAACUGAGGCAGUAAACACAUUUUGUUAACUUGUUAAAUAUCUUUCUGUAAAAAAUAGGCUGGAUGUCUGAAGCACGCAAGAA